AUGGCGCCUCGACGCGGCGGUGGAGGCUAUUCCUCAAGCUACUAUCGCGACGACAAUCCAUGGAGCGAGACAGUCUGGCUGUCACUGGAUUACUACUACCGGGACGGAUACAAGACUUUCUUUCUCACCCAAUUUGCCUUUGAUAUCCUCUCCCUUCUCGCGUUCGUCGCCUUCCUCAUCUGGGCAUGCACGAUCAGGAAUCGCAGUCUCCCGAUGAAGGGACUUAUUUGCGCCCUGACUUCCUUUAUAUGCUCCCAAAUUAACAUCGUCGCAUGGGAAGCCCUCUAUGUCGCCGAGGCGGAGGUGACGAAGUACUAUUUGAUCAGCCUGAUGCUCUGGGACUUCUUCAAAUUCGUUGCGAUCUGUCUCACCUUUUAUGUCUUCUGGAAUCUCAUCCAUCGCUUCCUGGGCCUUAUUAGAGCCUCCGGCAAGCCGCAUGUGGCAGUGACCAUCAUCCAUUAUAUCUCCCUUGCGAUUAUCUUCCUGGUCUCUCUUGCCGAAUGGGGCAUGUCUGUCGCUUCUUACGUGAGAAGUGUGACUUCCACAUACGAUGACGAUAUGCAGUGGAUCUGGACACAGUUGAUUGCUGCGGAAUAUAUCGUCUAUUGGGUGCUGUCCACUGAGAUACUCGCUUGGGGGAUCUUCGUGGCUAUCAAGGCUCGCAGCAAUUCUUUUGUGUCGAAGAUGCCCGCUAUGGCAUUCAUCACCGCCGCCAUCUCCUGGUGCGCAGUGUCUUCCGCCCUGGCCAUCAUUUACAUUCGCUAUAGCCUAAUGCCUACCUAUGAUGGUCUACCGAUAUACCUAAACGCCGCCGAAGGCAUUAUACAGUUCGUUCUCUGGGUCGGCACUUACACUGGCAUUCUCCUGUGCUGUGCGAAAUGGCGCAACCUCGGCGACGAGCAGAAGUAUCCGGCACCUCAGUUCCAGCCUCAGUACCCUCCCGCUCAAUUCCAACCCCAGUACCUUGCUCAAUCCCCCGAAGGACAAUACCCUCCGGUUCAACAGCAGCCAUAUGGCGUUGCUCCUUACCUGGAUCAUUCGGCACAGCCUCAGUCUCACCCGCACCAUCAACCGCACCACGUCUCGCCUCAGUAA